AGCCUACUGCUGGGCCAAGAAGCUUUGAUCUGGCUCAAGAGUCUCAGAGGGCAGUCUGGAGAGCAAGCUCCUUUGCAUGUGGCCUGGGUCAUUCUCACUGGUCCCUGCUCACUCAGGUCCCCCAGCAGGGUCAGCCUGGCCCCACGGAGUCAAUGGGUGACUGGAGGGGGCCAUCCAGCCCGCAGCAGAGGACACAAGGUGGUCAAGCAUGUGCCCUUCUGGCAUGUGGGGCCAGGGCACCUGGCAGAGGGUUUAUGCUGAAGAGAGCAGAUGUGGCACUGCCAAUGACGGUCAGUCACCCUAGGGGUCAGUGGGUCCCUGGGGCCAGCCUCCUGCAGCUGGGGCAGCACAGGUGCAGCUGGAAGGCAGGCCCAGGGGUGUAGGAGUGUAAGUUGUGCUUUCUGUGUGAGCGCCCUGACCUGUUGAACAUGUCUACACACGACGCGUCUGUGGGCUGCUGCCCUGAAGCAUGGAUGUCCCUGCUGGGCCAGAGGGAGCUGCCUGGCUGGGAAACCAAUGGUCUCAGCACAUGGCCUUCCAUAGGCUGGGGCGGGCUGAGCACCAGGCAGCCCUGCAGCUGGUGGUCCUGGCAGUUCAGCCAAAGACGCCAGAAGGACAAUCAUCCACACCCCUCCCCAGCCGCUGGGGAAGGCAUGCUGCCUGUUGGGAACAAGGGGUUGCUGUGACGAGCCCCUGGAGGCGGGUGGAGCAAGCUGACUCCUGCAAGCUCCCUUUGCCAACAAAGGUGAGAGGGUGACUCUGUAGACUCCCAGUCAGGACUGUUCUUUGAAUGUGCUGGUUUAUUGAGUGUCCAUGGCACCCUUCAGAUCGCAUGCCGUCACCAAUGGGGAAACUGAGGCACGAGAGGCGAGGUAGCAUGCCUGGUGUAGCAGAUGAAUGAUAGAGCUGGCACUUGUCCUGUUACUGAUUUGGGGAGGGAGAAAGACAAUGUGUGUGUGUGGGGGGGAUGGUAAUGGGAGGGACCCUUGGUGCUGGGGCACAGGGAAGGACUGUGGGAGGGGGUCAUGGUCCAGCAGAGGUGAGCAGCCAUGCUGUGGCCUGACGACACAUGCUGGAAUCUCCCUGCCUCCAGUUCCCUUUCAGAUCCUCCCCAAGCUCCACCCCGCAUACUAACCAUCUUUGUGCAAACAGCUGAGAUGCUGUUCUCAGCAUCUGAUGGUGACAAAGAGCGAGACAGAACCUGGCACAGAUGGCGACUGAGCUGGGGGCCUCUGGACUCCUGAGAUUCAGUUUCCACAGGACCUGGCCAGAAGGCUCUGAACAGGGCUCCCCAUUCUGAGUGCCACCUCCCUACCCCCAUGCUAGACUAAGAGAGAGGAACGUGCCCUGGAUGAACUGUGGCAGUGGGCAUUCAUCCUGAGCAGCCGUGGUGGGUAUCUCUGAGUGCUCCAUCCAUCUGCCCAGCACCCCAGAGCGAGCCUUCCAACACGGACUGAGCUCUGGCUCUGAGAGGUAUCGGAAUUGUGUCUACACCUACAGAAUCCUGCCCAAUGAGGAUGACAAAUUCACUGUUCAGGCAUCCGAAGGCGUCCCCAUGAGGUUCUUCACCAAGCUGGACCAGCUCAUCGAGUUCUACAAGAAGGAAAACAUGGGGCUGGUGACGCACCUGCAGUACCCUGUGCCCCUGGAGGAGGAAGAUGCAGGGGACGAGCCCGAGGAGGACACGGAAGGCAUCACGUCCCCACCUGAGCUGCCUCCCAGAAACAUCCUGUCCUAUGAGACGAAGGAGUUUCCUGCGUCGCUGGAGAGUGCCCGAGCCCCUGAAGUCAACCGGCCCAGCCCCUCGGAGACACUGCUGCAGCGGCUGCAGACCGUGGACACCAGCGGACUCCCAGAAGAGCAUCUCAAAGCCAUUCAGGAUUAUCUGAGCACUCAGCUCCUGCUGGACUUGGAAUUUGUGAAGACAGGCUCCGGGAGCCUUCCACAUCUAAAAAAACUGACCACACUGCUGUGCAAGGAGCUGUAUAGUGAAGUCCUCCGGACCCUCCCGUCCCUGGAGUCUCUGCAAAGGCUUUUUGACCAGCAGCUCUCCCCUGGCCUCCGUCCACGACCUCAGGUACCAGGUGAAGCCAAUCUGGCCAACAUGGUGGCCAAGCUCAGCCAACUGACAAGUCUGCUGUCCUCCAUUGAGGAUAAGGUCAAGACCUUUCUGAGCGAGGGGCCCGAGGCCUCCCACCGGCGAUCCCUCAUCCCUCCGGUCACCUUCGAAGUGAAGGCAGAGUCCCUGGGGAUUCCUCAGAAGCUGCAGCUCAAAGUGGACGUGGAGUCUGGGAAACUGAUCAUCAAGAAGUCCAAGGAUGGUUCUGAAGACAAAUUCUACAGCCACAAGAAAAUCCUGCAGCUUAUCAAGUCGCAGAAGUUUCUCAACAAGCUGGUGAUUCUGGUGGAGACGGAGAAGGAGAAGAUCCAGCGAAAGGAGUAUGUUUUUGCUGAUUCCAAAAAGAGAGAAGGCUUCUGCCAGCUGCUGCAGCAGAUGAAGAACAAGCACUCGGAGCAGCCCGAGCCGGACAUGAUCACCAUUUUCAUCGGCACCUGGAACAUGGGUAACGCCCCCCCUCCCAAGAAGAUCACGUCCUGGUUUCUCUCCAAGGGGCAGGGAAAGACGCGGGACGACACCGCCGACUACAUCCCUCAUGACAUCUAUGUGAUUGGCACCCAGGAGGACCCCCUGGGGGAGAAGGAGUGGCUGGAGAUCCUCAGGCACUCCUUGCAGGAGAUCACCAGCAUGACCUUUAAAACGGUGGCCAUCCACACCCUCUGGAACAUUCGUAUCGUGGUGCUGGCCAAGCCGGAGCACGAGAACCGCAUCAGCCACAUCUGCACAGACAACGUGAAGACAGGCAUCGCAAACACACUGGGGAACAAGGGAGCCGUGGGAGUGUCGUUCAUGUUCAACGGGACUUCCUUAGGGUUCGUUAACAGCCACUUGACUUCCGGAAGUGAAAAGAAGCUCAGGCGGAACCAGAACUACAUGAACAUCCUCCGCUUCCUGGCCCUGGGGGACAAGAAACUAAGUCCCUUUAACAUCACUCACCGCUUCACCCACCUCUUCUGGCUCGGGGAUCUCAACUACCGCGUGGAGCUGCCCACCUGGGAAGCGGAGACCAUCAUCCAGAAGAUCAAACAGCAGCAGUACACAGACCUCCUGUCCCACGACCAGCUGCUCACCGAGCGCAAAGAACAGAAAGUCUUCCUGCACUUCGAGGAGGAGGAAAUCACGUUCGCACCGACCUACCGCUUCGAAAGACUGACACGGGACCGAUACGCCUACACCAAGCAGAAGGCGACAGGGAUGAAGUACAACUUGCCCUCGUGGUGUGACCGGGUCCUCUGGAAGUCUUAUCCGCUGGUGCACGUGGUCUGUCAGUCUUACGGCAGCACCAGUGACAUCAUGACAAGUGACCACAGCCCUGUCUUUGCCACGUUUGAGGCCGGGGUCACCUCCCAGUUUGUCUCCAAGAAUGGCCCCGGGACAGUGGACGGCCAAGGACAGAUCGAGUUCCUCAGGUGCUACGCCACGUUGAAGACCAAGUCCCAGACCAAGUUCUAUCUGGAAUUCCACUCAAGUUGCUUGGAGAGUUUUGUCAAGAGCCAGGAAGGAGAGAAUGAAGAGGGCAGUGAGGGCGAGCUGGUGGUGAAGUUCGGCGAGACCCUCCCCAAGCUGACGCCCAUUAUCUCCGACCCUGAGUACCUGCUGGACCAGCACAUCCUAAUUAGCAUUAAGUCAUCCGACAGCGAUGAGUCCUAUGGCGAGGGCUGCAUCGCUCUGCGGUUAGAGGCCACGGAAACACCACUGCCCAUCCACACGCCCCUCACACACCAUGGGGAGAUGACAGGCCACUUCCGCGGGGAGAUCAAGCUACAGACCUCGCAGGGCAAGAAGCGGGAGAAGCUGUACGACUUUGUGAAGACGGAGCGGGAUGACUCCAGCGGGUUAAAGUCCUUGAGGAGCCUCACCAGCCACGACUCUGGGAAGCAGUGGGAGCCAGCUGGCAGGGCCCCUCCGUGCAGCGGUCCCAACAUCACCGAGAUCAUCAACCCCAACUACAUGGGCGUGGGGCCCUUCGGGCAGCCGAUGCCCCUGCACGUGAAGCAGAUGCUGUCCCCUGAUCAGCAGCUCACAGCCUGGAGCUAUGACCAGCUGCCCAAGGACUCCUCACUAGGGCCCGGCAGGGGAGACAGCCCCCCGACACCUCCCUCCCAGCCGCCCCUGUCACCAAAGAAGUUCUCAUCCUCAACAACGAAUCGGGGGCCCUGCCCCAGGGUGCAGGAGGCCAGGCCUGGUGACCUGGGGAAGAACACAGUCGAAGCCUGCCCACAGGACGACCUGCAGCCGACCAAGCCGGAGAUGUUUGAGAACCCACUGUAUGGCUCCGUGAACUCCUUUCCUAAGCCGGUUCCCAGGAAGGAGCAAGAGUCCCCUAAACUGCUGAGGAAGGAGCCCCCGUCCUGCCCGGACCCCGGGCUCCUAUCACCCAGCAUUGUGCUCACCAAAGCCCAAGAGGGUGAGGGAGGCAAGGGCCCGGGCAAGCAGGCCCCCGUGCCUCCCGUCUGCCCAGCGCCCCGGCUGCGCUCCUUCACCUGCUCCUCCUCCGCAGAGGGCAGGGUGGCCAGUGGGGACAAGAGCCAAGGGAAACCCAAGGCCCCGGCCGGCUCCCAAGCCCCCGUGCCAGCCAAGAGGCCCAUCAAGCCCUCCCGGUCAGAAAUGAGCCAGCAGCAGUCCGGGUCCCUGUCGAUGCCGCCCACUCCAUCCCCGAGGCCACCCCUGCCUGUCAAGAGUCCAGCUGUGCUGCACUUGCAACACUCCAAGAGCCGUGACUACCGUGAGAACACCGAGCUCCCCCACCACGGCAAGCACCGGCCAGAGGAGGGGCCGCUCAGCAGGACCACCAUGCAGUGAAGCCCUGGGGGAGCUGCUGGCAGUUCAGGCUGGGAACCUGGAGGAGCAGCCGAAGCCGCCCACCGCCUCGCCUAAGACCUCCUGCCAGCCCCUCGCCUCUCCCAGCUUCCCAUGUCAGGCUUUGCAACUCUUAGGAAAAAGGGCCCAGCUUCUGUGUGGCCUGAGCAGUUCACUGGCUGCCAAGCUGGGCACCAUUACUGAGGGUGGAAGGGAAAGCACACACAAGUGCCUGGGGCCCCAGCUUGGCCUUGGUACUGGGGACCCCUGUGCCUUAGUCACACCCCCAUUUCUAGAAAGGACCCGAAGUACCAGAGUGCUCUCCAGGGUGGAGAGACACAUUAUCAUGAUAAUAAUAUGAAUAUGAAUAAUAAUAAUGAUGGCCACACGGCUCAAGCACUCACUGUGUGCCACGUGCUGUGCUAAGUGCUUCAGGAACAUUCUGUUGGGUCUCUCUCCAGAGCUGAGACUGUAACCCACUAAACACACAUGCCCAACCCCGCCCCCAGUGGAUGCUCAUAUGUCCUGAGGGGUUGGGACAAAGCAUUAAGAAGGCCAGUGCCCACCUGGAGCAAGGCCAGGGCUCAACCUGCAGGGAGCCAAAGGGGCUGAACUGCUAACUGAGGGUGCAGGAGCCUGGCCCUGUGCUGCUUCCACAGUGCAGGUGCUUUCACCAACGCCCAGGGAUCCUGGCCCCGCCUGCGCUAGUGGAGGGAUCUGCCUGGCUUUCCCGGCCUAUUCCGGGUCCCUGUGCCAGGCUGCCUUGUGUCUGUCGAGGUGGACAGCCACCACUGGGCCUCUGGCGCUCACAUGCUGCACCAGUGGCCGUGUGCGGUUGCUGCUGAGCGCCAACUGCCUUGGAGGCUGGGGAGCUCAGGUUCCCGGCUCCCCGAAACAAAGCAGCCUCUUCCUUCCCAGCUCAUGGCUUCCAGCCCCACACCCCCAGCUACUAGAGAAUAGAUCGGUCAUGUCUCUUCUUGUACUGCUUUUUGAUAUAAUGGAGUUAAGGGUGGAAACUCAACCCAGUUGUGUGUGUGUGCCUUGUGCAUGUGUGCGUGUGUGUUCAAAGGUCUCCAACCGUGUGACCAAAUAAACUGUGCCUUUCU